AUGGCGCUCCUCCAGAAGUUAUCCGUGCACAGCACACGCCUCGCCGCGAUCCUCGUCGUCGUCGUCGCUGCCGGCUUCGUCAUCCAUGCUCUAAGGACCCGGCGCAACCCUGGCGUACGGCGGGGCCUCCCGCUCCCACCGGGGCCCCGCGGCGAACCCAUUCUGGGCCACCUUCGCGUUAUCCCGACCGAUAACCCGGAAUACGCCUACGCAGCCUGGUCGAAAGAACACCGCUCCGACGUGCUGUAUUUCAACGUCCUAGGCCAGCAUGUCGUCGUCCUCAACUCGGUACGCGCCGCCGUCGACUUGCUCGACAGGCGCGGCGCAAACUACUGCGACCGCCCACGCUUUGUGUUAUUCGAGGAGAUGGGGUGGCGCAAGACGUUGACCUUUUUGCGAUGGGGGCCCGAGUUCCGCAUGCAUCGCAGAAUCCUGCAAAAGACCUUCUCCAAGACGAGUAUCCAGGUGUACCGAGAACUGCAGGAGAGGGAGGCCUUGGUCCUGAUGAAGGGCAUCGUUAGAGACCCCAGAACCUGGGAGACGUCGUUGCGGAGGUUCGCGACGGCGAUUGUGAUGAGCAUAGGAUUCGGGGUCGAUGUCGAGAGCGAUACCGAUCCGUACAUCCAGAUGGCCGCAGACGCUUCCUAUGCCCUUGGCCACGGCGGGGCACCGGCCGGCACCCUUGUUGACUUUUUCCCCUUUGUGAGGUAUCUUCCCGAGUGGCUGGUCCGGGACCGCUCCCUCAGAUUCGCGAGGGAGUGGAGCUGGGCCAUUCGACAGAUACACGACGCGCCCUACGCGGCCGUCACGGCCAACCAGACCCAGGAGCACAGCCUCGUCCAGAUCUUGCUCGACCAAAGAAAAGAGCAGAUGAAGACGGGAGGAACCCCGGAGCUGUCGGUAGACGACAUCAAGGGCGCUGCAGGGGCAGUCUACGCCGCGGGGCAGGAUACGACGUGGUCCACCCUGGUCGCAUUCGUCCUCAACAUGGUUCUCCACCCCGAGGUACAGGACAAGGCCCAGAGGAUACUGGACGAGGUCGUCGGGGACUCCAGGUUACCCACUUUUGAGGAUCGGCCGAGGCUGCCUUACAUCGACUACAUCGUUCAAGAGACCCUCCGUUGGUGCCCCGUGUCCCCCAUCGGCGUGCCGCAUCGUUCGCUGGAGGACGAUGUGUACGACGGCAUGUUUAUACCAAAGGGCUCCUUUGUGUACGCCAACGCCCGCGCAAUGACGCACGACGAGCGGACGUACUCCAACCCCGAAGCCUUCGACCCGGACAGGUACGUCCCGGUCGAGCAAGGCGGUCGCGGCGAGCCGUUCCCCGUCGGACAGUUCGGCUUUGGUAGGAGGGUGUGCGUAGGACAGCACCUCGCUGAAGCAAGCGUCUGGAUUGUGGUCGCUUCGAUGCUGGCGACGGUCAAAGUGGACAGAGCUGUAGGGCCGAAAGGAGAAGAGAUUAUACCCCACGUGGAGUUGACGAAUGGACUUACAAGUCACCCGAAGCGCUUUCCGUGCCGCAUUAGCCCAAGGAACUCACAUAGCGCAGAGAUUGUUGUUUCUGCGUCCAGAUAG